CGCUGGCGGGCUGGUGCGCAGGCGGGGAAGCUGCGCGCCGCGGUCGGAAGGGAGGGGAGCGGAGGAAGGGAAGGGACGGGAAGGGGUGGCCGCGCCGGGCACAGCAUGGCUGCCAAGGUGGCUCUAACCAAGAGAGCUGAUCCAGCUGAGUUGAAAACAAUAUUUUUGAAGUAUGCAAGUGUGGAGAAGAAUGGAGAAUUCUUCAUGUCUCCUCAUGACUUUGUCACCCGAUACCUGAAGAUAAUUGGAGAUGGUUUGCCUAAUGCAAGCACUGUACAGCUCCUUGCAGGUGUGGUGGAUCAGACAAAAGAUGGGUUGAUAUCCUUUCAAGAGUUUGUGGCAUUUGAAUCAGUCCUGUGUGCUCCAGAUGCAUUGUUCAUAGUAGCCUUUCAGCUGUUUGACAAGACUGGCAAAGGAGAAGUUACUUUUGAGGAUGCUAAGCAAGUUUUUGGCCAGACCACAAUUCAUCAGCACAUUCCUUUUAACUGGAAUUCAGAGUUCGUACAGCUGCAUUUUGGAAAGGAUAGAAAAAGACACCUAACAUAUGCGGAGUUCACUCAGUUUUUACUGGAGAUACAGUUAGAACAUGCAAAACAAGCUUUUGUACAGAGAGACAGUGCUCAGUCUGGAAGAGUCACAGCUAUGGACUUCAGGGACAUUAUGGUCACUAUCCGGCCACACAUGCUGACGCCAUUUGUAGAAGAAUGUCUAGUAGCUGCUGCUGGAGGUACCACUUCCCAUCAGGUCAGCUUUUCCUAUUUUAAUGGAUUUAAUUCUCUCCUUAACAACAUGGAGCUCAUUAGAAAGAUCUACAGUACUUUGGCUGGAAAUAGAAAAGACGUGGAAGUCACUAAGGAAGAGUUUGUUCUGGCAGCUCAGAAAUUUGGUCAGGUUACACCCAUGGAAGUUGACAUCUUGUUUCAGUUAGCAGAUCUUUAUGAGCCACGGGGGCGCAUGACGUUAGCUGAUAUUGAAAGAAUUGCUCCUCUGGAGGAAGGGACAUUGCCCUACAAUCUGGCAGAGGCUCAGAGGCAGAAAGCUUCAGGUGAUGCGUCUCGACCUAUUCUCAUCCAGAUUGCAGAAUCAGCGUACAGGUUUGCCCUUGGUUCAGUUGCUGGAGCUGUUGGAGCCACUGCAGUCUACCCAAUUGAUUUGGUAAAAACUCGAAUGCAAAACCAGCGUUCUACAGGCUCUUUUGUGGGCGAACUUAUGUACAAAAACAGCUUUGAUUGCUUCAAGAAAGUGCUGCGUUAUGAAGGUUUCUUUGGGCUUUAUAGAGGUCUGUUACCGCAGCUAUUAGGAGUAGCACCAGAGAAGGCCAUAAAACUAACUGUUAACGAUUUUGUGAGAGAUAAGUUUAUGAGUAAAGAUGGCUCUGUCCCACUGGCUGCAGAAAUUCUUGCUGGUGGCUGUAGAGUAAUAAAGAUAAGUCCACAUCUGAGCUGCAUUUUCUCUGUGGCAUUGCAAUAGAGAUAGAAGGUGUAU